CAAUUCGACAACUUUUUUAUGUGGCUUCACCCGAGGCUUCUCGACAGCAGGAGAAAUGAGUUGUGUUGGCGACCAUCACACAAUGCUGGCCUCAGAUGAUGUGCUGCCCCCUCCUGGUGACAUCCAGGUCCUGUUGCUGACAUUAGAUUCAGUGUCUCUGAGCUGGAGUUCUCCUCAGGGGCUGACAGGACCACAGACAUUCAGAGUGACCUGGGGGUGUGACGGUGAAACAAGGUCAACAAGAGUGAAAGGUGGGCAUCAUCUUGAAAUAAGCAGUCUCCAACCUGGUAAAAAGUACCAGUUCAACGUGGCUACAGAGGGAGAAGAUGGAAGCCAAAGCAUAUGCGUCUCAGCAUCCCUAUCCACAGUGGUCCUACCCAGAGAUUUAAAGAUAGACCAUUUGGAAGAGACCUCCUUCACUCUCCACUGGUCCAAGGCUGAAGGGAUGGAGAAAGUCCCACAGCGCUUCCUCAUAUCCAACUGCAUUCCAGGAAGAGACCCCCUCGCAGCCAUUACUGACGACUGCCACAAAACCUUCUCAAACCUGCAACCUGGCACAGAGUACACUGUUAGUGUUUCAACUGUGCUGACCAAUGGGGAACAGAGUGAACCUGUCUCUACAACAAUCUGCACUAUACUUCCUGCUCCAGAGCAGCUGAAUGUUGACUCAGUGGACACCACAUCAGCUGCUGUUAGCUGGAGCCAGCCACCAGGAUUGGACCAAACCCAACAUCAUUACCAGAUCUCCUACCGCUGUCCAGGGACAGAACCACACAUCACUACCACAUCUUCACACAACAUCACUCUCUCUGACCUGAAAUCUGCUACUGAAUACUCUGUAACUGUCUGCACUGUGCUGGAAAAUGGAAAGCAAAGUCAACUGGUGUUAACAACCCUCACCACAGUACCUCCUGCUCCGGACCUGUUAACUGUUGACACCACAUAUGGUACUGUUAGCUGGAACCAGCCACCAGGAUUGGACCAAACCCAACAUCAUUACCAGAUCUCCUACCACUGUCCAGGGACAAAACCCAACUACACUACCACAUCUUCACACAGCCUCACUCUCUCUGACCUGCAAUGUGGUACUCAGUACUCUGUCACUGUCUGCACUGUGCUGGAAAAUGGAAAGCAAAGUAAACUGGUGUCAACAACCCUCACCACAGUACAUUUUCAGUGGUGGAAGAGACCCUCCAGAGUUGCUGCAGUUUGUGUUCUACUGGCUGUGAUCAUAGGCCUGUGGGAUUCCUAUGCCACUGCAGAGAGAGACCAGCUACAGAAGGAGAUAGAAAGGCUGAACUGGAUAAUCAAAGGGUCCUGUCCUGAAGGAUGGAGAAGGUUUGGCUGCAGCUGUUACUACCUCUCUACUGAGAAGAAAUCCUGGACUGAGAGUAGACAGGACUGUCUGGAGAGAGGAGCAGACCUGGUGAUCAUUAACAGUGAAGAGGAACAGGCAUUCAUCAAUGUAUUUGAAGCAUUCACUUUUGCCUGGAUUGGUCUGACUGACUCUGUUACGGAGGGGACCUGGAAAUGGGUGGACGGCACACCACUGACCACCCCAAGGUAUUGGAAGAGUGGAGACCCUGAUGGUGGUAGAGUGGGGAACUGUGGGGAAAUCUUUUACAUAUCACCAGGCCAAGGAGUAUGGUGGGAUUAUGAGUGUUCAUUUUCACAACAAUGGAUCUGUGAGAAAUAAGCUUCUCAUAGGUAAUUUCUCUGCACUGCUGAUUAAUCUACUUUAUGUUAAUGAUGGUCUGAAGACUGGCGUGAUUUGGUAGAAUGGUACUCUGAACUACAGGUAGGAGACAAACACACAUUCAGACGCGCGCACACACACACACACACACACACACUGAUCUGAACCUGAGUCUCCAACGGGAGAAAACAACCUCUUAGUUAGAGGAAAUUCCCUUUUGGGCCGAGACACUGAUUUUGAAGUUGCAGGCGGGGCUACCUCAUCACGUGACCAUGAGCAACCAAUCAUGACCGACACAUGUCCUCUACACAAGCUGACACACAAUCAUUUAUUAAUAUGUCAAACAAUGAGUUGUAUAAUAGGGGUAUAUCAUUCAAUAGCCGCUGUCAAUCAAUUACAGUUUUACAGUACUAAAUACAUUUGAAAUGACAGUUUAUGUUUCAGAUAUACUGUAUGUUUGCUUCUUGUGCUUUUAUCAUACUGAACAUAAACAAUGUCUACGUCCUGCUAUUUUAAUAAAUCAUUCAACCUAGAUUAAAGACACUUCCAGGACAAGACACCUCUCUGUUUUAUACUUUAUCUAAUAUUAACAUGGAAUCUAGAAGGACAAGACACUUCUCUGCCACUUAUAGAUAGAGUGUGAAUGUUACUGUUUCCAUUUUAACUCAUAUUUUUUAACCUCUUUGCGGUGACAACACCAGAAUGAAGGGUUGGGUCAUAAAUAACCAUCAGUUAUGAAAACAGUGUCUAUGAUUUUGUUACUAAACUAACUGGGACUAAUCAUUGACUACAGUAGGACAGGUGGCAAUGACCUCCAGAUAUCAGAGAGACAGCCUUAGGCAUGGUGUGUGUGAGAUUCAUGUAUGAUUCAUGUAAAAGUAUAUACAUCAGUGGAGGCUGCUGAGGGGUGGACGGCUAGUAAUAAUGGCUGGAACAG